CUGUGCGAACAGUGAAGAAAACCUCAGGGGGUUCACAGCACUGAAUUAGGAAACGUGGCCUUAAGAGAAAACGGAGCACAUAUCAAUGAGGACAGUGAGUUGACGCGACAUCUAUUUAAAGAUUACGUUUUCAUUUGUAAUUGAACGCGCAUACACGGUGAAACAUGGCGGACGUAGACCAGAGCGCUGCGGUGCCAGACGGAUCCAGUAACGCUUCGGAUGUGGUGAACGGGACCGCGGGCCGGUUCGUGUCCAGCGCCGAGGGUACUGCACUGGCAUACGGCAGCCUGCUGUUCAUGGCCCUGCUGCCCAUCUUUUUUGGAGCCUUGAGAUCUGUGGGCUGCUCUAAGUCUAAGAAUCCUUCAGAUAUGCCGGAGACCAUCACAAGCAGAGAUGCUGCACGCUUUCCCAUCAUUGCCAGCUGUACUCUCUUUGGCCUGUAUCUCUUUUUUAAGAUAUUCUCUCAAGAAUACAUAAAUUUACUGUUAUCCAUGUAUUUCUUCGUGCUGGGAAUAUUGGCGUUAUCUCACACCAUGAGUCCUUUUAUGUGUAGGUUUUUUCCUGCCAACCUGCCAAAUAAGCAGUAUCAGCUGCUGUUCACACAGGGCUCUGGGGAAGGCAAGGAGGAGAUCGUCAACUAUGAGUUCGACACCAAGGAUUUAAUAUGCUUGGUCAUCAGCAGUGUGGUUGGGGUCUGGUAUAUCCUUAAAAAGCAUUGGGUGGCUAAUAAUCUGUUUGGUCUGGCGUUUGCUCUGAAUGGAGUUGAGCUGCUUCACCUGAACAAUGUCAGCACCGGCUGCAUCCUGCUGGGAGGUCUGUUUGUUUAUGAUGUGUUCUGGGUUUUUGGCACCAAUGUUAUGGUGACUGUCGCCAAGUCUUUUGAAGCUCCCAUUAAGUUGGUUUUUCCUCAAGAUUUGCUGGAGAAGGGUUUAGAUGCCCGUAAUUUCGCCAUGCUUGGACUGGGGGACAUUGUAAUUCCAGGAAUUUUCAUUGCUUUGCUCUUACGCUUUGAUGUCAGUUUGAAGAAGAACACAAGAACCUACUUUUACACCAGCUUUUUGGCAUACAUCUUUGGACUGGGCCUCACUAUAUUUGUCAUGCACACCUUUAAACACGCUCAGCCUGCUUUGCUGUACCUGGUUCCUGCUUGUCUUGGAUUCCCAAUGCUGGUGGCUCUGAUCAAAGGAGAACUGACGGAAAUGUUCAGAUACGAGGAGUCUUCACCGGAGGAGGAAUCAUCCAAAGAGGAAAUUACAGAAACUGAUAAAGACAAAUAAUUGCAAAAUGAUUGUCAUGUUGUGAGUUUGUCGCAGUGCAGAUCACACAGAAACUGUUCAUAUUCUGCACCUGCUCAUUGCCAUCUUUUCUUCAGACUGUUGUACAACAGCCUUCUGCGUGCCUGUAUCUCUGCUUGUUGCCCUUGGCAAUCUUGUUUGGUUAUUAUGAGAAGUUUUUUUUGCGAAGGGUGAAGUUAGACUUUGUAUGUAAAGUGUCAUUUCGCUGGCAAGAUUCAAUACAAAUCUGGCUGACACAAACCCAUCCACACAUUCACAUGCAGCAUUUCCCAAUUCUAUCCAUAAGGAACUGAUUUGGGGAUGUUGAUGUAAAUGAAGUUGCUUUGUUCUGUCCCUCUUCUAUAAAAUAAUGAGACAAAAACACAACACAUCGGGACCAGAUAUUCCCCCAUGUUUUCAUACUUUAAAUUGACCAACUAUUAUCCUGUAAAAAAUAUUGUUUACCUUAUGCUUUGGUUAUUUGAAAUUCUCAGUAUUCUUUGCUAUUAAUGUAACAUGCAAGGUUGACCGUACACAAGCUGCAUUUCUUGUUAUAUUUUCUUUGCAUUAAAGUGGUUUUUACCAUCUUG